CUCCCAGCAACACAGUGUAAAUAACUGUGCUUUUUCUGUUGGCUAGGGAGCAUGAGAGGGUAACGUUAGAGGCGAAAUGAAUGAAACAUUGGUUUGACCCUGGUUAUUUAAUGAGCUAGCUUAAGGGAGCAUUGAGUGCAUCCUGAAAGCAAGAUCCCAAGGCUAAAUUACAGAUCAGACAGACAGCUGAUGGUUGCUGGCUAGCCAAUGGGGCUGUUUGACAAGUUGGCAGGAUGGCUGGGGUUGAAGAAGGAGGUGAAUGUGCUGUGUCUUGGUCUGGACAACAGUGGAAAAACCACCAUCAUCAACCACCUCAAGCCCUCCAAUGCCCAGGCACAAGACAUCGUCCCAACGAUUGGCUUCAGCAUAGAGAAGUUCAAGACAUCCAGUCUUUCCUUCACAGUGUUUGACAUGUCUGGUCAAGGCAGAUACAGAAACCUUUGGGAACACUACUACAAGGAAGGUCAGGCUAUCAUAUUUGUCAUUGAUAGUGCCGACAAACUGAGGAUGGUAGUAGCCAAAGAAGAACUGGACACGUUACUAAACCAUCCUGAUGUUAAACACAGGAGGAUACCUAUCCUGUUCUUUGCUAACAAGAUGGAUGUCAGGGAUGCUCUAUCUUCAGUCAAGGUCUCACAGCUGCUCUGUUUGGAGAACAUCAAAGACAAACCCUGGCACAUCUGUGCCACUGAUGCUCUGAAAGGAGAAGGUUUACAGGAGGGAGUCGACUGGUUACAAGAUCAAAUCAAAACAAUGAGAACAUGAGGGCAUGAGGAUGGACACAUCGGAAGUAGCAGCAUCCAUAGAAGUCUUGAAAGACUGGUUGACCCUGUUUACAGGGGUACCAUGAGAUAGUAAUGUUUUUAAUGGGGUAUUUAGAUGGUUCUUGAAUGUGUGUAGUCCACUCUGAAAAGGAGUACAUGAUUUGAUCCUCUGAUACCAGUAAUAACAGUAAAAAUGCAUCCACAACAGUGAAGUCAAUGAGAAACAUACAAAUUGGCAAUAGUAACAUUAAUUAUGAGUUUAAACUGAUAAAUACAGCUGUCCACAGGGGCAGUAAAAAUAUAUUUUUACAUAUUUUGGGGUCUAAAUGACUAAUAGGUACAAAAAGGUUUGGAAUUGGUCCAGUAGAGACGCGAAAUGGGCUGCAAUGGCUGCGAAGUAAUCCUUGCAGGCAGUUGUGCCCAUCAAAAGUACAUCCACUACUGCUCAGAUUGUUAUUUUAAGUGUCUGACAACGUUAUGGAAGAGAUAGACCUUUUUGUUAAAGAGUUACGACCCUUUUUGAUUAACCAGAAACAGAAGUCUCCCCCAGGGAAAAGUCUCACUCUGAAAUCUCAGUCAGUAAGUCAUCUUAUCUCUGUAGGGAUCUUUCCAUAAUGUUGUCAGAAACUUCUGAGCCUGUCAGUGGCAAAAACAAGCACUUUUAGUGGACGUACUUUUGAUGGACGUAUUUGCAUAUUGUUGGGUUGCAUAUUUAGUUUGCAUAUUUUAGCCCUUAAACUAUCCCCUGUGUCCGACAAAUGGCAUGUGCCAGCUGCCCUGAAGAGACAACAUGUUUCGCAGCUGGUUGAUUCAGACUGGCACUACAUUAUACCAAUGAUGUCAAGGUAUUUUGCCCUUUGUCCACUGGCUCACAAUUACCAAUAUUAGCUAUGGUGUGGCCUUGUGUGCUAUGAUCAUAUUCAUUUCCACUGCACCCUGACAGCAGGGGAUAAAUGCUCUGAUCUGCAAUUUAAUGGCCACUGCUUGAGAGCAGGUGACUGGGCUAAUACAUACAAAACGACCUGUAAGAAAGGUCCUUUAGAAAUUGUUUCCACCUCUGAAAUAUGCCAAAUGUUCUCAGAGCCUCUUUAGAUACAUUAUUAUAUAUGUUUGAAGCAUCACAACAGUUCAGUUAUCGAUCGUUUACUUCUUCAGCAGAGGCAUAUUUUCUGGUAUUUGGUUGACAAAUACCAAAAUAUUUCAUGCAUUUCAGUGCACGCUGCCUUUCUAAAACUUGUAUAUAGGGCUAUCUCACUGUCACAUUAAAAACAGUUACUAUAUCUUUACUGCAGCUAAUACUUCAUGCGGCUCUGCUCGUGUUUGAUUAAUGUUGCUCUUUUUUGAGUAGCUGUGAAAAUAUAUGUUGUGUAUUUAAGAUUAAAUGUUUUCCAGGACCCAGUAGAUUUUGUUGUACAUAUUGUUACUUGUGGCUAAGUGUACAUAUAUAGAUAACUUAGCUGUAACAAGUAAUACAAUGAUUGUCAUAAAGUGAAUGUCAAGUUAAUUAGCCUGCAAAGUUUGCUUAAAAAUCUAAACUUCUCUUCACAAAGCUAUUUUUCAAGUAGUUUUAUCUUUGCCUUAUUUCGUUGCUCAAAGAAAAAAAAUUGUAAUCAAACAAAAUGAUUCUUACAAUUUACUCAUGGUACUUCACUGAUUUCAAAGGCAGACAACUGGGAAAAAAAUCUGCUCAGUCUGCACAAAGUUUUUAAUGCAAGCCUUUGAUCCUCUUCUCAAGUCUCUGACUGAAAGCUUGCAUUAAAAAACACUUCUGUACAGAUCAGAGUGUAUGGCUGCUUUUUUAGCUUUUAUCAAGCUCCAUCACCUCAACCAAGCUCCACAGCAAGUGAGAGGUGUUUCACUGUUUUUAAAUAGUUUCAAGGCAAAAAGGAAUAACUGGCAAAAAUGUAUGAUAAAAUAUUUAAAAUAAUAGUUUUAUUUUAUAUACUCUGUGGUAUCCUGUUCAUAAAUGUCUCAUCUGUAAACCUUAUUUUUAGGACUAGAAAUAUCACAAAUUCCAGAAACUACAAAAACGCCUUGUAACACUCCAAAAAUAUCCCCCCCCCCCCAUAACACGUGACAUGGAACUGAAUAUAGACAGAAAAUGUCAGAGUACGAUUACUAAUGGGUGUCCUUACAGUCGUGUUCACUUAAGACUGUACUAUACAGAAACUAUACAGCAAAUGUAGGAUGUUUGAUUGACAUUAAGACAGCCAUGUCUUGUUUUGAAAAGGAUUUUGUUCAUGGUUCAAAAUAUUAACUGUUGAAUGUAUUACCAGUGUAUAGGGUGAAUUGGACAAACCAAUUCCUAUUCGUUGUUGAUUGAAAAGUCAAUUCAUGGUUAAUCAGGCCAUAGCAACAGAUUUACCAACCAUAGAAAACUUCACAGAUACAUUUCAUGUAGAGCAAAUAAAAAAAAUCAAAUAUGUCAAGUAUGUGAUCGUUUUAGCUUAAAGACAAGACAUACAAGCUGAAUAUUCUGCUUUUGUUGCUAUUGGGUGGUUUAAUAUUUUCACAUCCUGAAAGUUGUACAUCAUUGUACUGUAAUGUUUUCGUUGCAAUGAGACGCUUCCAGCGAAAAUUGCUCUGUGUUACUUUCAGCCCACUCAUAUUUUUGUCUUUUUUUAUACUACCACUGGGGGACACCCAAGUCCAAAAUAUUAAAAUCCUACUCAUAGUGGCUUUAAGGACACCACAUUGAUUUUGUAAUAUAUUGUCUAUUACAAUAACUAAGACAUUUUAGAGUGGUGAUUUGCUGGGAAAAGUUUGGUCAACUUUCAUGUCCCCCCAGACAUCUUACUUCAUAUUUUCAAAACAGGAAGAGGGUCUUUGUGAGGUCAUGUUUCAUGUCCUCCAGUCAUCUAUUUCAAAACAAGGACCCUCUGAGCACAGGUUCACUUUAGCAUCAAAGUUAUAGAUUCUUCCUUCAAACUGUAUCAUCAAAUGAGCUGUAUGUAUUUUGUUUAUUACAGUAUAUGUGUUAAUUUUCAAAGAAUAAAUGCUGUGGAAAAUGAA